AUGUUUAGAAGAAUAUGCGUUUCAAGAUUCUAUAGCGUUGCAAUAAACUCCUCACAGCCAACCAUAUUUGCAUUGUCUACUCCAUUUUCCAAAUCGGCAAUUGCAGUGGUUCGAAUAUCGGGGCCACAGGCUUCGUACGUGUACAACACUUUGACAAAAACAAAGACAGCACCAGACCAUCGAGUUGCAAAAGUUCGAAAGCUAUAUUCUGUCAAGGACUCCACACUUCUAGAUGAAGCUCUUACCGUUUUCUUCAAGCUGCCGAAUACAUAUACUGGUCUAGAUCUCCUCGAACUUCAUUUGCAUGGUGGAACAGCCAUUAUAAAAGCAGUGUUGAAAUCUAUAAGGGAGUUACAUGAUCCAACUAAUGGCAAAAUUAUACGACAGGCUGACCAUGGCGAGUUCUCCCACCAAGCUUUUAUUAAUGGAAAAUAUGAUCUUACCGCUUUGGAAGGUAUAAGUGAGAUGAUCAAUGCCGAAACAGAGCUGCAGAGAAUGGCUUCUUUGGCGUCGAUGUCUGGACAAACAAAAGACUUGUUUGUGAAAUGGAGACAGGGAAUUUUAGAAAAUGUAGCUAAUCUUACCACGUUGAUUGAUUUCGGUGAGGACCAAGAUCUUUCCGAAGCCGACUCACUUUUCCAUGACGUUGAGACGAGUAUCUCGAAACUAGAAGAGGAAAUCAGGACGUAUCUCAAAAACGUAAAGUCGUCUCAAGUUUUGUUGAACGGGAUCCAGCUCACGUUAUUGGGACCUCCCAAUGCCGGCAAAUCAUCCAUAUUGAAUACUUUGACAAAUAAGGACGCUGCGAUAGUUAGUGAUAUUGCUGGAACUACUCGAGAUGUAUUGGACAUCCCUUUAGAUAUCGGUGGUUACAAGGUGAUUUUGGGCGACACCGCAGGGAUAAGGCUAUUGUCUGAGGCCGAUCAGAUAGAACAAGAGGGAAUCAAAAGAGCCAAGAUGAAAUCCCUUUCGGCAGAUUUGGUUUUAGUGGUGCUCGAUCCAACUGAUGACCAGCACAAUGAUGCCAUAUUCGAUCAUGUACUGGAGUUGGUCAACAAAUAUGGCAAAGACGUCGUGGUCAUUCUAAAUAAGGAGGAUUUAUUCUUGGAAGAAAAGAGUAAGCUUGUUGCAAAACACGCCAGUUUGUUGAAUAUAUCAAGCAAUCUUAUUCAUGUGGUGUCAUGCACGACGGGGUUCGGGAUUGAACCGCUUCGUAAAGAGCUUAUUGAAAAGUUCAAGGAAAUGUCUCACUUCGGAUCUCAAAAUGCAGCCGUUGUUUCAUCUAGAGUUCAAGACAUAUUGGAAUUCGAUGUUUUGAGUGGUUUUCGAGAGUUUCGUCAUUGGAAAGACGAAAGUGAUGUGGUUUUGGCAACCGAAGGUUUGAGGCAGUCAAUAGAAGGGAUCGGUAAGGUCACCGGGGAAGCCAUUGGUGUAGAGGAAAUACUAGGUGUGGUAUUUGCAAACUUUUGUAUUGGUAAAUAA